CUCAACGUAUUUCGUUCUGAAAAUUUACACACAUGUGUGUUAUGCCUCCAUGUAUCUCGAUUUUUUCAGAUUUUUUUGAAACUUAAAAAAUAUGAAUUGUAAAAAUUGCAAAUGGAGACAUCCAUGGAGCUCGACCUCCAAAAGCAAUUUUCAUAGUACGCCUUUAUCAUUUUUUGAAGAAAAAACUAUCACGUGCGUGGGCCAGUUCCUUUUGACCCGUACUGCAUGGGGAGCAAUCAGAGGUCCACGAAUGAUCACAACUGAGCAGCUUCUCUUUAUAUAGAUCCAAAUUAAUUUGACCGUUCCUGGCCCCACGACUGUCAAUAUUUCUACACUUAGCCUCGCUUGGUUCGGCGUUUUCGGACCCAGUCCGGCAUAAAUUUACGGGUCCAGAAUAAGAACCGUCGUUUCCUAAAUGACGCGCUUGAUUGAUCGUUCUACUCUGAAUAUUCUGGCUGGUUUCUUGUUGUUCGAGCAACUCUAGAAAAUCUUUUAACAGUUAUUUUUUGGGAAAACUUUGCAUUUUGACUUUUGAGUGAUUAAGUGCUAUCUAGAACAUCCCUCAAACUUCUAUACUUACUUCAAAUUUUGACUCUGUAUUUUGUUAAAAAUCUCCUCACUUGCUUAUUUGAAAAGUAGCCGCUUGUAGCCACUGCCUAUUUUCAGUUUAGAGAAGCCACUUGUCAUGAUAACCAUCGACUUUCUUUCCGCCGGUGUCCUCUGUGCCGGGUAUAUUAGGGCUCUAAUCAUGCUUUUUUAGACAAGGCUCUGAUCAGUUGCAGUUGGGAGAACUUACGCUGCUCCCAUUCUUCCAAGCGGGCUUUACGGGGCUCGUGGAGUCGACCAGCGGCGGGUCCGCUGGUGCGAAAUGUCGACGAGCAUACAUUUCUCUCCCCGGCCCUAUUUUAUAUAGGGCUCACGCUUCCUCCUUCCCAAAUACUACCAAAACACCAAACACAACGAUGGGCUCUCGCCGUCGUCCUACUCCUACAACCCUAGUCUUCCUGGUGUUGCUGCUAUGCCUCUUCUAUGCGCCGCGCUGGGCCUUCUCGCUCUCCUUCAACCUCAGCUUCUCCGACCGCGAUGCCCUUAAAUCGGUCGACUUCGACCGUGAUGCAUACACCACUGCGUCAGCCCUCGAGCUCACAAAAACACUUGACUCAGAAAUUAAGUACAGCGUCGGCCGGGCAUGGUACGCGCACAAGGUGCCGCUAUGGAGCUACGCCACCGGCGAGAUGGCUAGCUUCACCACCACCUUCUCCUUCGGAAUCACUCCACACAAGGAAAGCCUGCCGAAUACAGGCGAUGGGAUGGCCUUCUUCCUCGGGCAUUUCCCUUCGAAGGUCCCGGGCAACAGCAGCACGGCCGGCGGCCUUGGCCUCCUCCCCAGGUACGCUAACGGAACAGGCGACAGCCAGAUAGUCGCGGUGGAGUUCGACACUUUUUCCAAUCUGGAAUGUGCCGACAUCAAUGGGAACCAUGUCGGCAUCGACGUCAACUCCCUCAAUUCAACGGCGGUCACAGACACGACCACCUGGCCGGGAAAAAACCUCACGUCGCCGCCCCAUGUUAUGGAAGCCACGGUGAAGUACCACAAGGACUCCAAGAUGCUGGCUGUUGAUCUCCUUAUCGACGAUGCCCUGUACCAGGUAAAGGCAACCGUCGAUCUUAGCAGAUACUUACCGGAGGAAGUCGCCGUCGGCUUCUCCGCGGCGACCGGCGAAGUCGCCGAGCUGCACCAGAUACUGUCAUGGUCAUUCAAUUCCACGCUUGGAUCAAAGAAGGAAGCACCUCCACCUGCCGAACCUCCUCUUCCAAUUCCAACCAGCAGCAUCAGCAAGCACAAAAAGUUGGUACCAAUCCUACUAGCCAUCUUAGUUCCUCUGCUUUUUUUGUUGGUCUGUGCCGCCGCGGUGCUGGGAUGGCGGCGACACCAGAAAAGAAGAGCAAAUGAGGGCAGUAGUAGCGACUCCGAAGAACAGUUUGUCGACAGAGCUAGCCUCGAGAGAGGUGUGGCUGCCGGCGGUCCCAAGCGGUACAUGUACCACGAGCUCGUCGCCGCAACGAGCAACUUCGCGGAGGAGGAGAAGCUCGGGCGAGGUGGCUUUGGGAGUGUUUACCGGGGACAUCUCACACUCACACCCGCAGCAGCCAUCGGAGGUGACCAGGAACGUCGUGCGGUGGCGGUGAAGGUGCUGUCGGCAGAGUCGUCGUCCCAGGGGAGGAAGGAGUUCGAGGCAGAGGUAAGGAUCAUCAGCAGACUGAAGCAUCGCAACCUUGUCCAGCUGCUGGGCUGGUGCGACAGCCGCAAGGGGCUCCUGCUUGUCUACGAGCUUGUUGCGGAGGGCAGCCUAGACAGGCACCUCUACAGCAACGACGACAGCUAUCUUACAUGGCCACAGAGGUACAAUAUCAUCCUCGGCUUGGGAUCCGCGUUGCGCUACCUCCACGAAGAGUGGGAGCAGUGCAUCGUCCACGGCGACAUCAAGCCCAGCAAUAUCAUGCUCGACUCAUCGCUCAGCACCAAGCUCGGGGACUUCGGGUUGGCUCGGCUCGUCGACCACGGUGUCGGGUUAAUGCAGACCACCAAGGCCGUGCUCGGCACUGUUGGGUACAUCGAUCCGGAGUUCGUCAACACGCGUCGGCCCAGCACCGAGUCCGAUGUGUACAGCUUCGGAGUCGUCCUCCUGGAGAUCGCCUCUGGCCGGCGGCCGGUGAUCGAGACCGCUGAGAGAUCCUUCACGCUGCUCAGCUGGGUGUGGAACCUGUAUGGGAGGGAUGCGAUCCUUGACGCGGCCGACGAGCGGCUGAAGGGCGACGAGGCGGACGAGCGGUGGAUGGAGCGGGUACUCAUCGUCGGGCUCUGGUGCGCGCACCCGGACGGGAGCGAGCGGCCAUCCAUGGCGCAGGCCAUGCACGUCCUGCAGUCCGACGAGGCGAGGCUGCCGGCGCUCCCACGGCACAUGUACAGGGCUGCACAGGAUCUUGCGUCGUACGGGUCUUUCUCCGUUGACAGCUCAGGCUCUCGUUGUGUUCUCUCUUCUUCGGUCAGCACCGGCAACACCACUGUUUCUUCCGAGUCGUCCUCGACCGCGCUGCUACGACAUUCCAAGGAUCAAGUUAAUUGAUUUGUCCAGAUUUGUAGUUGUUGAUUAAUUUCCUUGUUACCUCCAGUAUGCAAUGUUUCGCCGGAAUGAUGCUUGGUCAAUUUGGAUGUUGUUUUAGCUGCAUUAACUUUUUUGUAUAUUUUUUUAAAUAUAGUAUAGACACAAGCGCUCACAUACACGCGCGUAUACUCAUCACUAUGAACGCGUACACGUACACCCUAUCCUAUGAGCACCUUCGAAAGACUGAGCCGGCAUAUCAUCUUGAAAUUUAUGAAGUCACCGUAGGCACCUCGUCGUCGAUGGGAACGUCUCCUCCCACUGAAUGCGCAUUGCCGGAAAUUCUGGGAUUAGGCGGUGGCGGCGCUCCGGUGUGGUGACCUUCCUGAAGGUGCUGCCUUGGAGCUCACGGUUCGUCGUAUGUGACUUUGUCUCCUCAGGGUGACGUGUUCAUGAUUGAAGAUCCCGGUAGCUGUUGUAGUGGUAGAGGCGAUGUUGAUGCACUCAGUUCCUAUCUAUCCGGCCUUGCGUGUGUGCGUGUUGAGGUGGUGUCUAUUUGUAUCGGAUUGUCAAUGGUCGUUGAUUUAUAAAGCGGGAUGAAAGCUUUUCUCGGAAAUACAACACGGGCAGAGGGCACACGUUCCUCCAUAGUUUAGUUCAUACCGUUGGCGUUGCAGGCCAGCCCUCCCAGCGAUCAGAAAGCUCUUGCAGCAGCAUCACAUCACCCCAGGAUUCACGCAAUUGCUCAGUCAAACGAGGACGUAUGCGAUGUACUCCUCUCGCAUCGCCAUUAGUUCCAUCUUCCACAGUUGGUCUGCGUGUGACAUUGAAAUGCCGGAUCACCGCGGGCCAGCACGGCGAAACUGCGCGUGCGGUUCGUUGGUUUUGUCCGAUCGAUGCGACAAAGCAAUCGAGCCGUGGUUCCUGCUGCACAUACGUACGCAGCACGGACGGACGGACAUCGACGUCCAAGUCGGGCAGGCGAACGCGAGCACGGCACGU